CGCCGCCUAUUCACGUACGUCCGAGCUAGCUCCGCACCCGAAUAAACCGGCUGAUAAACGUCACCUACGUCAAAAUAAACAACCUAACCUAAAAAUUCGAUGCCACCGAACAAGAAUGUGAAAAAUUUAACAGUAAAUAAUCGAUAUGACCUCGUACGGAAAAGCGGAGACGGAAAAGCUGAAGCAGAACUUGGAAAACCAACUGGACCGGCUUGUGGAACAGCUAGCGGAUUUGGAAGGUUGCAAGGAUGAUUUGGAGCCUGAGGAAUACGACGAGACUAAAGAAGACACCAUGGAACAACUAAAAGAGUUAAAUGACAGCCUAAGCAAACUCGUAAACGGCGAUAUUUCACUUGUAAGUGCAUUAGGAGCUGUACAACUCGCAACUCAAGCUGCCAUAUCGCAAGCGUUCAAAACCCCUGAAGUAAUCAGGCUUUUUGGAAGGCGAGAGCCAAAACAACUACGCGAAAGACUUUCAAUGAUUGAACAAGAUGUUAAGUUGAACAAACUUUCAGGGUCUGCAAGGGACAGGCAAAGGGCGGAAAUUUUAACGGCCCUAAGACAGUUAAACGAGCAGUUGUCCACAGAAGAACUGCAGUUUCUCGAAAAACACAAUGAUGUUUCAAACACUUUUAAAAAUAUUGAGUUUGAGGUGGUAAAGGAUUGAAUAAAAGCACAAAUAACUU